AACUUUGGCUCUUAGUAUGCAGUCGCCAUUUUGUUUUGCACCGGUUUUGUAGUAAAAAUGAAGCGUUCGAGGUUAAAACCAUUUAGUUUUAAAGCGACCAUUAUCGACAAAACCGGUAAAGGAGUUACAAAAUCAUACAAUCUGCCACCAGCUAAAAAGUCUACAUUUUCAAGUCUUGCCCCCCAUACUGAAAGGGAAGACGUUCUACCAGCAAUCAGUGGAUUCUUGACGUUCGACGAUCAGGAGCCAUUGAACUUCGGGAUUACGAACUACGAGAAACGGCAGAUUACUUUAAAUAAGAAAUGGACAGAUAUUCGAAAGACUGUUUUAAAGUCAUUUGUUAAAGACUGCCACAUGCCAGUAGGUCAAGAAUGUGUUGUGUGCGGAUCAGAGCCGGCUGUUCUAAAAUGUGAAGACUGUGGUUCACGACAAUUCUACUGCUUAAUAUGCGGCCAUUCUUUACAUAAAAGCCGAAACCAGUUUCACGUAUUGGAACUAUGGAAGGGGAGAACGUUCGUGCCAUAUUUUAUAGAGGGAGACGUUCUUGCAACACACACGUGCAGCUCUGCUAACGCAAAAAACAUCGUAUGCAUUGAUGAACACGGAAAUCAACACGCAAAAAAAGUUUCUUUCUGCAGUUGUGAAUCUGCUGUUGUUACAUUAGUUCGUCUUCGUCUUUGGCCUGCUACACCUGACAGGCCAUCAACAGCAUUUAGUUUCAAGCUAAUGGAUCUUGUUUCAAGUGUCUUCCUUCAUUGCAAAGUCUCUUUAAAAGAAUUCACCGAGUGCCUUGAAUCAUUAAGGAAACCUCUUCAUCCAAGACUGGUGUCCUCAAUUUAUCAACUCCUUAAUGCCAGUUGUUUUGAAGAAUACAGGUUUUUCAAGCACCAGUUGUCUACAUUAGAGAUGUCGAAGGUCGUGGGUUCGAAUCCCAGCGAGAUUUAUACAUGGCAUGCCUGAAGACUUGGCGAACAUGGCUUGAAACACYGUUGAUGACAUUCCUAGGAUGAUUUUGUGAACAUGAAGGCUUUGCCCCUCAAUAAUAAGAACGGCAUCACUGUCCUUCCAUGGUUUGGAAAAAUUGAAAUUUUCCUCAGAACAAUCCAACUCAAGCUCUUCAAAGAAGAAAAAACAUUAUAUCUUCAUAAUGAAAGCAAAGUAACAUGUAAAGUCAGGACAACCUGGCAGAGCCGCUCUACUUAAAACCCACUCUACAUCAAUAUUUUUAUCUGRCUGGCAAAAUUGUUAGUUUAUGUACUUGCUGGCAUUUUGAUGAGUAAAAUUYGAGCUGUCUGGUAAAAUGUAUAAAUAAAUAAAUGUAUAUAUACUU